GACAUCAAAUUUUGUUUGAAAAUACUGAAAUUUUGGCCCUUCUCAGAAAAAUUUUACCCAUACCUGAAGAUUCAUCAUCCACACUAGCUAAGGCAGAGAUCAAUAUCAACUAUGAUUAUAUAUAUUUUGAUGAAGAAUUUGAUGAUGAUGUGUAUUUUGAUGAAGAGGUUACUUUACUAUCAGAUAAAGUAGAGCUGAGCCAAAGAAGUUCUUCGAACUAG